AUGAGGUACUACGAUCAGACAUUUCGAUUCGUUCUUGAAGAACACGUCAAAGAUAAUGUCCAGGAGAAUUAUCAGCCUGCCCAGAUACACAUACAAGACCCUUUGUCGGUACAUGAACAGUCUAACGGCAAACAGCCUGUUGGAAUGCCAUCAUUUGAGACAGGAGACAUUAAUGCCUUACAGAACGAUGGAAUCCAACAACCACAGUCACAAUUUGAGUUGCUUGAUGUUUUGUUACCUAGCCUUGACACAAUCAAUCCCAAAAAGUGUGUUGUGGUUCAUCCAGAGGUUGUGGUUCAUCCAGAGGGUGUUGUUUAUGAUACUACACCCGUGCCAGUUCAAAGGACAAGACGUCCCGAUCGAUGGAAUUCUUCUUCAUACUCGACAAAUUUUGGAUCAUCAUCUGGUAGCUCUUCCAAUGUGGUAAAAAUUUAUGAAAAGAAACAUCCUUUUGUUUCUGACUUCAUACGAGGGCCAUAUAAUUAUGAUCUUUUUGACGAUUAUGCAAUGUGGCUUCGUGAAGGGCUCCUUGUUAGGCAUAUGAAUAAGAUGCAUGAUGAAGAUCGGUAUAAGAAUAAAAAAGCAGAAUUGGCGGUUGAUAUGGAUUUGGGUAUUCAUCUCAUAUCAAACAAGAAUUGGUUCUACUCUCUGUCUUAUGAUAAACAACUUCUGAAUGAUGAGCAUAUUGAUGUGGUUCUAUAUUAUUUGCGUAAAAAAAGUAAGUACAACAUCAAUAGUCGCUACAGAUACACUACUGUUGACUGUCUGUUCAAGUCAAAAAUUGAUGAAAUUUAUACCACAUAUGCUAAAGUUGGAAGCGAAAUAUGUGUUGCAAAUAUUGAAAGCGACAUACGUGAUUACAUAAAUGGGUAUAGGUUGAUGGCUGCCAUUCCAUGGAAUACAAUCAAUAAUGUGUUCAUACCAGUGAAUGUGGAGAAGAAAAAUCACUGGGUGUUGGUUGUUUUGUCAAUAGUUGAACGACGCAUUUAUGUAUAUGACUCAUACAGAGCAGUAGGUCAUAACUCUUAUGUUAGGGAUGAAAUUCAAAAGCUUGCUCAGCUUCUGCCAAUGUAUGUGUCAAUGGAGAUUGCCAAUAAUUCAGAUGAUACACAAGAUCAGGACAUUGCAUACGAUGUGACGUAUGUGGAGGAUAUACCUCAACAGGGAUCAGGUGACUUGGAUUGUGGGAUAUAUUUGCUAGCAUUUGCAGAGUACCUAAGUGAGGGUGAAGGUAUUCCAGUUCAAUACCUUGAUUCUAAGUUACACCGCAUCAGAUACGGCGCACUAUUGUGGCAAUAUGCAGCGAAGAAGAUGGAAGAAGGGGCUGUUAGCGAGAAUGAGGCACCACCCAGAAUGAUGAGGCCACCCGCAAGAAUCGAUAAUAGUCAACUUGUUAGGAUUGAUUAGUAUCUUGUACUAGUUAUCUUUUUGAACUUCU